CUGCCACCAAAACAUGGAAAUACUCAUACUAGAUGGCUUUCACAUACAUUCUUCACGGUUUAUCGGAAGAUGUUCGCGGCCAUAUUCACCUUCAACAUGAUUGCUCUUGUCGUCUUCAUGGCCAAGAACAAAGGCUCUCCUACCAUGGCCAAUGCCAAGAACGCAUGCUCCGCCAACAUUCUAGCCUCAAUUUUGAUGAGACAAGAAAAUGCUGUCAAUCUUGUGUAUGAGCUCUUUACCUGUGUUCCACACUCACUACCUCUUUUCAUCCGCAAGAAGCUCGCCAAGGUCUACCACUACGGAGGAGUCCAUUCUGGAUGUGGAGUUGCUGCUGUGUUUUGGUUCGUCCUUUACACCGUUCUUGCGACUAUCCACUUCGCCCAGAAUCCCACUCAUGGCCUUCCAGUUGCAAACGUUGUAACAUGCUACUUCUGCGUUAUGAUGUUCAUCUUCAUUCUCGCAGGCGCAUAUCCACGAAUCCGCAUUAAGUUCCAUGACCAUUUCGAAGCUGUGCACCGUUUCGCCGGCUGGUCGGCUCUCAUCACCCUUUGGGCGCAAACCUUCAUCAUCGCCGUCCACACGUAUAACACAACCCACGUCUCUCUUGCUCAUGCCAUCUUCACCGCGCCCUCCUUCUGGUUCAUCGGCCUGUCCACAUGCUGCACCUUUUUCUCCUGGUCACGGCUCCGUCUGCGCACUGUACGCGCGGAAGUCCUCUCGUCCCACGCCACACGUCUCCACUUCGACUAUCGCAACAUGCCCCCCUUCUACGGCCUCAAAAUCAGCGAUCGCCCCAUGCUCGAAUGGCACGCUUUCGCCACGAUCCCCGCAGCCGACGGCAAGGGCUUCAGCGUCGUCGUGUCCAACGCCGGCGACUGGACGCGCAAGACCAUCCAGAACCCCCCGAAGAAGCUGUGGACGCGCGGCUACCCCCUCCACGGCCUCCUCUACACCACCCGCCUCUUCCGUCAAAUCGUGCUCGUGGCCACUGGCUCUGGCAUCGGCCCGUGUCUGAGCCUCAUGCACAGCAAUAAGACUCCGCGCCGCAUCUUCUGGAGCACGCGGGACCCGGUCCAAACCUACGGCCAGGGAGUGGUGGAUACGGUGCUGAAUGCGGACUCGAAUGCUGUGAUCUGGAAUACUAGUGGAAGAAACUAUCCGGAUAUGGUCUUGGAGGUCUGGAAGCUGCUUGUUGAGUGCAAUGCGGAGGCUGUUUUCAUUAUUAGCAAUCCGAAGGUCACUAAGAAGGUGGUGUAUGGUAUGGAGAGCAGGGGGGUGGCGGCGUACGGAGCGAUCUUUGACUCGUAGAGGGGCAAAAUUGCGGGGAAUAGCAGGGGGAUCCGCUGGAUAUCAGGCCUCAGACUGAAGCGAUUGGGGAAGGUUGGAGGGAGGUUUCGUUCCCUGCAGUAUCCCUUCGGGCUUGUAGCGCUCUCACUUUGUUGGCGUUCUUCUGUUUUCAUGUACGUUUUGAUUCUGUCGCUUUGUGUCUACAUCUCCUUUUACGCGACUUAGAUAGCUGGACUAUAGAGGACACUCGCUCAUGGAGUUAAAAUGUAC